AUGAAAAUACAUAGAAGUUGUCAGUUUUAUGGAAGUCUUCUGCUUCAUGUGGUGAUUGUGUCAGCAUGCGUUGUAAAAGUACCGCAAAUCAAGACGCGCGUGUCGUUGGUGACUAUGCGAAAAUUUCCGGUAGAUGCAAACUGUACAAGUAAUUGCACCCCCAUCUAUAAUCCACUGGUUCUGCGUACGGUGAAAGAGAGCUACACGGAUACGGAUGAGAUUUGCUGUGAUGGGUACGUUCGCGAUACUAAAAGCGGUGAUUGCCAGCCGAAGUGCGCGGACUGCAAGACGGGCAAGUGCGUGCGUCCAGAUGUGUGCCUAUGUGACACCGGCUAUAAUAACCAGAAGAACAGCACCAUUUGCGAGCCGGAGUGUAGUGAGCCCUGCAUCAAUGGGCAGUGCAUCGCGCCAGACACAUGCACCUGCAACGAGGGCUUCAGUUUCAUCAACAGCAGUAUAACCGAGUGUGAAACUAAGUGUCUGAUCGAUUGCACAAACGGACGCUGUGACUCGCCGGAAAAAUGUACUUGCAAUUUCGGUUAUGAGCGCAAUGAAACGCUGGGCCUCUGUAUACCUGUAUGCGAGGAGCCAUGCGAGAAUGGUAUUUGCAAAGCGCCUAACGAGUGUGACUGUCAUAGCGGCUUUGAGUUGCGUUUGGGCACGCUUGGCAAGUGUGAACCUGUAUGCCAGGGCGGUUGUUCGAAUGGGUACUGCAGUGCACCGAAUGUAUGCAAAUGCCAGUUGGGCUACUACAACCUACUCGGACUGGCCUGUGUGCCGAGUUGUAAGGAGAAGUGCGUAAAUGCGUAUUGCACAGCGCCUAAUCAGUGUACCUGCCUGGAGGGGCAUAUCUACCGCAACAAUUCGCGCACGGAAUGUGAACCGACUUGUGCACGUGGCUGUCAGAAUGGCUUCUGUAAUGAACCGGGACGCUGCGAAUGCCACCAAGGGUACAAGCAAGUGGAAGCGCAUGUCUGUCAGCCAAUUUGUAAGGAUGAGUGUAUAAAUGGACACUGUUCUGCGCCGGACACAUGCACUUGCAACGAGGGCUAUAUCUUUAAGAAUGGUUCACGCGCGGAGUGUGAGCCGCAUUGUCCGCGUGGCUGUAAGAAUGGCAAUUGUGUUAGUCCAGGUGUGUGCAGCUGCUUACCCGGUUACCAAUCGCUGCUUUUUUACCUCUGCAUACCGGUUUGCACGCAUUCUUGCGUGCAUGGCACCUGCACGGCUCCGGACACAUGCCGCUGUUUCAGUGGAUAUCGCCCGAAUACAAAACGCCCACAUGAGUGCGAGCCCGUUUGCAAUUUUGACUGCGGGCAUGGUCAAUGCAUUGCGCCGGGUGUUUGUCAGUGCGAAGAAGGUUACUCCAAGAAAUGGUUAACGGGACGUUGCGAGCCGCACUGUGCCCAAAAGUGCGUCAAUAGCAUUUGUGUGGCAGGCGGUGUAUGCCGCUGCUAUGAAGGUUUCCGGCUACGCAAAGGCUCGAACGCGAUCUGUGAUCCCAUCUGCCUGCCGGCAUGUAUCAACAGUAAUUGUGUUGAACCGGAUAUGUGCGAAUGCUGGAGCGGAUAUGAGGAAACGCGUCACAGCAGUCUCUGCAUCGCUCAUUGCCGGCCAUCGUGUGAGAAUGGCAUGUGUGUGGCGCCUAAUAAGUGCCAAUGUACCGAUGGUUAUCGCGUGAUGAACUCUAGCGAACCGCAUCGUUGUCAGGCAAUCUGUAGAGACACUUGCAUCAAUGCCGAGUGCAUGCGGCCAGAUGAGUGCGUUUGCUUGGAAGGAUACGACUUUCUCAACGGUAGUCGCACAGAGUGUGCGCCGAUAUGCGAUCAGAACUGUGGCCAUGGCAGGUGUAUUGGGCCAAACGCAUGCAGUUGUGAUCUGGGCUAUCGUCUCACACUCAGCAACGACACCGAUCUGCCAGUGUGUGUGGCUUAUUGCAACGAAUGGAACUGUUUGGGUGGAAAAUGUGAUGUCAAUGGUAUAUGCCAGUGUGUGCAGGGGAAGAUCUACAAUGAGCGGCGUGGCGCAUGUGUAUCAGAGUUGGGGUCUAUAGAGGAUCACCUGGUGUUGAGUGGAGUCUCGGUUUCACGCUGGACCAUCGGUGCAAUGUCUUUGUUGCUGAUAGCUUUGUGUGCACUGGCUUUGGUGCUGGUUUAUCGGGAAUAUGCGCGCAGGCGUUUCCGGGAGAAACAUGGCGUGCGCUUGAUAGAAAAUCCAACAUUCGGCGUAGUAAUGCCCGGCGCAGGCGCAGAGGACGGCCUCAACAUGCAGGAAGAAGACGAGAGUUGAGCUUUGGAGCGAAGUAUCGUAAAUUUUAGUUACACACUCAUACAUAGACAGACAAUUCGAUACAAUUUAAAGCUGUGAAGCAAAGUCAGCGCGACAAGCGUCGAUGUGAUAUUCAAAAAUUUUAUAAUUUACAGUUGAUGUAUAC